CCCAUAAGAGUACGUGAAAGAAAUCAAUAUGGAUUCGCAGCAAACCGCGAACAGUGUGGUCGAACCUGCUUCGAGCCACGGAGAAACUAUGGUGAAGCCAAACGCUCCUUUACCACAACAAGGAUUUCAGGCGCGACCACAAGGUGCCCCUUCGUCUCCUAGAAAUUCAAUAAAUAAUGGUUCUAUAGGCGCACCUCGACCUGGACCACCAUUACGGCGAUUGGACAGUCGUUCUACUUUAGGUCCACCACCAGCCUCGGGUCAAUUCGUGCAGCUUAGGCCUUACGGUCCGCCAAGACCACCGGGAGGUUCUUUCCCUCCAAGAUCACCGCAGACCGGCCAGUCCUUGCCUCCGCAGAAUCCGCUAUUACCUCCUAAUCAACGUUUUGUGUAUUCUCCGGGAAUCCGAGGUCCCCCGCCACAAGGAGUAGGAGGUCAAAGGCCACCCUUCGUCGUUAACCAACAAGCGUAUCAAGCGCAGCAACAACAGCAACAGCGAGGUGGUAACGAUCCACGAUUUCAACGACCGGACGUUGCUCCUUCGCAAAACGAACCUCGAAGACCUAGCCAAGAAUCUAUUUUCCCACGCCCACAGUUAUUGAGAAAUGAUUCAUUGAUAAGCUUACAACGACAGCAUCUUUUAUCAAACGAGGAAAUCAAGCAACCGACACGACCACGUAUUGUUAUCGAAAAGAUGGCAGACAUUAAUGAGACAACUGCUGAUAAACCGGAGGGCUAUCUGCAAAGAAAGAAGUCCGAUGUUCGUGAGAACGGCGAGAACGACGACGACGAUGACGUUGUGAUGGAUAAUAACAAGUCGCCGCGACACAAUGGUGAUGGUACUUCUGAAGAAUUGAUGAAUGGAUCCAAAUCACCUUCAACCCCAAGAAAACUCGAUGAUGUUAGUAGACCCGCGAGCCGUCCGGGGACGGCUACUAUCGAAAAUAAGGUAGAACAAAUGGAUGACAAGCAAGACAUAUCCUCAAGACCGAUUUCUGCUAACAUCGAUAAUACGGCAACGCUUAUUUCUCAAAGCAGACCAUCUUCCACAAUAAAUAAUGAUAAAGAAGAAAAAAAGGAGGAACAACUCGCUGAUAGAUCGCCAUUAAAAGAGAUUGAUGCUGCAUCCGAAGAAAUAAAAAAGCCCAGUAGUUCAUAUAAUAACGAUGCACAGAAUAUCGAACAGAGUCUGAAGACUCCUCCGAAAUCUUCAGACAAUUCGCGGUCUGUCACUUCAUUCUAUUUGGACACUCCUCAGAACGCGGAACAAAACAGAAGUCCGGAUAAAUCGCGUUCUAGCACUCCAGCCCGACUAGAGCCGGCUGGAAACGCGGAACAAGAACCAAAGACUCCAGUCAAGACUCCUGAUAAGUCGCGUUCGAGCACUCCAGCCGACUUGGAAUCAUCCGGAAACGCGGAAAUGAAAUUGACGACACCGGAGUUGAAAACGCCAGAUAAAUCGCGUGCGAGUACCCCGGCUUCGCAGUUGGCGUCAUCUCCGAAUGCGGAGAGAGAGCUGGAAACCGCGGCAAGAACACCCAUCAAAUCACGUUCGAGCACACCACAAGCUGGAAUAGACUCGAUCAACAUCGAAGCAGAUAAACCCUCCGAGAAUCCGCAUCGCGACAAAUCCGCCGAAAGCACUCUGCGGGUGAAAGAGUCCAGUAGACUAGCGUCAGAGUUGAGUUUGACGAGCGAGAAAGGCAACAAAUCACCGAAGUCUCCGAGAUCACCCACACCAGGGAAUCGAGACAAACUCUCGGGGUCGAUGUCACCCGAAGAUAUAAAAGGCUUCGAUAACGGACAGCUGAGAACGCUGUCUUCCAGUCGUAGCCCUCGAUUACCGAAAUCACCUGUCGAUAGCGAAAAACACAUGGAGGACGAGAAAAAGACGUUCUUCGUCGAAGAUUCAGUUACCGAUGAAAAAGCGAAUAAAACGUCAGCAGUGUCAAAGCCCACCACUCUAAUAGUUAAAACUUCAACAUCGGAAAAACCAAAUGAUGAGAAGGCGGAGAAGAAACCUGCGGAGAAAAAAGCAGUCCAAAACGGUAGAGGGAGAGAAUCAGUUAGUGGGGCACAGAGUACGAAUGGAGAUGACAAAAGAUCGAACGCUGGGUCGCCUACGAAAUCCGCUAAAUCAUUACCGAAAACUCCUGACACACCUACGUCGACCACUCAAGAUAAAAAAAAGGUGCCGAUGAAUAAAGUUCAAGUUGGCGCUGCGCCCUCCCCGAACCUGAAGACUGUACGAUCGAAGAUCGGUUCUCUAGACAACGCGAGUUACAAACCGGGAGGCGGUAAAGUGAAAAUUGAGAACAGGAAGCUGGACUUCAGCAAAGCGCAACCGAAGAUCGCUGCGAAGAACGAGAAGUAUGCGCCCAGUGGAGGCGAUAAAAAGAUCUCUCAAGUGAAACUUCAAUGGAAUGCGAAGUCCAAAGUAGGUUCCUUGGAGAACGCAACUUACAAACCGGGAGGUGGUGACAAGAAAAUCGAAACUGUAAAACUCGACUUCAAGGACAAAGCAAAGCCAAAAGUCGGAUCCAAAGAAAACGCGAAGCAUGUUCCUGGUGGUGGCACUGUCAAGUCCACAACUUCGCCAAAGACAUCGCAGGAAACGAAGAAUGACAUCCCGACGCAAAAAUUAGACAUCAAGGCUGAAAGCAAGAUCGGUUCGUUGGACAACGUAAAGCACAAGCCGGGUGGUGGCGACAAAAAAAUUUUCAACGACAGAGAUUAUCUUCGGCAGACGAGUUCCAACGUUGAGAGUUUGAAUGGCAGCGGGUCUCAGAGCCCCGUGCCCUCCGGCGCGAUCACCGGCAAGAACGGCCUGCCAGCCUCGGACGAGAACCUGAACCAGGAAUGCUAGGUCACGAAAAGUCGGCCGAUAGACCCGCUUUAAUUAUAUCAUUUGCAUGUGAUUAAUCACGUUUAUCCAUCUACUCCCUUUGGAGGACGAACGAACGCUGUCCUUGCGCAAUCGAAAAAAACGUUGAAAUAUACGGUGCACGGAACUUUUCGAAAAAAUGAGCACCACAAUCGAUAUCUCGUCUACGCAAGCGAAAACAAAAUUUGCGCGACGGACGAAUUAAGUUAUUAAAUCAACAAUUUAAGGCAAUUAUCGCGAUGAUUUCUUAUCGAACACGAGGUUCCCGAGUACUUUCAUCUCGCAUUUACAGCGAUUUUAGUUAUCUUUAAAGAGAGAUAAAGCGAAUACGUCAUUGUGCGUUGUGUGAAAACACUCUUUAUCCAAAUAUUUACGUAAGUGCGCAAAUCAUAAGAUAAUUAUAUAAAAAAACAAAAGAACUGAGAAAAAUAUUUCUCAUUUUUGUAAUAUACGAAGAACAGAUUUGAGGAACAAUCUCUAUGCGCAAGGAAGUUCUUUGUCUUUUUAAGCUUUAAGCGAUAGAUCUUUUUUUUAUCAAAGAUUUCUGUCACGAUACAUCUUUGCGAUUUCUAAAUCAUUAUGUCGACGCAUUUCUCAUGCGCCCUCGCUACGAAUAUUAAUAUUUGCGAACUUUUUCGAUUUUUGAUAUGCAUUUAUGCCAUAAUCAACAUAUAUCACGAAUUGCAGUUUAGUUGUCUCAUACAAUUUAAUGUAUUUUUCAAUAUAUCGUAAUAGGACGUAAUCGCUUAAGAAGUUAAUACGCGUGAAGAUACGCGAUAAAGCUAUCGACAAAGAAUAGAGCAAAUAUAAUUAUAAAUUAGCUUU